UCUGCAGCGAAGAGAGGCAGGCAGGGCUGGGGGCUGGUGGGGUGGUGUUUGUAGUGACUAGCCCCAUAUCUAAAUGGCCAGUGUGAGGGACCUCCCCCCAACCCGAUAGCUACAGGUCUGGCCAGAGAGCCCUUAAUCCCCAGCAGGCCUUGGCCGUGGGCUCUGAUGUCGGCCCAUCAGUGUGCCGCCCCCGCUCCCUGCCUCCCCAAAUGGCCCCCCAGCCAAGGCCAGAGCCGCCUGCCCACCUGCUGGGCCCAGUGCUGCCUCAGCCGGUCCAGCAUGCUGGGCACCGUGAUCCUGCUGCUGGCCCUGCUCCCAGGGACGACCACCGUGCCCAGCGAGCCAGCUGCGUCCCUGUUCCCCGCGGCGCCAGGGCCCAGGCUGCGCCGACCCCUUUUCAGUCUGGAGCUGUCGGAUGCGGAGGACGCCUUCCCGCGCCGCGCGGGGCCGCUGGAGGUCCCGGCCGACAGCCGCGUGUUCGUGCAGGCGGCCCUGGCCCGUCCCUCCCCGCGCUGGGGCAUGGCCCUGCACCGCUGCUCGGUGACACCAUCCUCACGCCCGACCCCGGGCCCCGCUCUGGCGCUGCUGCGCGGGGGCUGUUCCGCCGACUCCUCGGUCACCUUCCCGACACCGCGGCCGCUCCCAGGUGCCGCUCGCCCCGCGCGCUUCAGCUUCCGCCUGCGCCCGGUCUUCAACGCCUCUGUGCAGUUCCUGCACUGCCAGCUGAGCCGCUGCCGCCGCUUCCGGGGAGCCCGCCAGUCGCCUGCGCCUCUGACGCUGUCUCCACCGUCGCCGUGUCUGCCUCAGGAUGAGGCGUGCGCGGGCGCCGGCAGUGGCCGCGAUGAGAGUCUGGGUGCCGACAGCCCUCACCUGCACACGCUGACGCAGCCCAUCGUGGUCACGGUGCCGCGGCUGCCCCCCAGUGAGCACGCAGUAGUCCUCAGCGGGGGUCUCUGGGGUCGGGAAGGGGGAUGGCGAGGACAUCUGAGGCAUGAGCCCAGUCUCUGCGUUGUACUCCUCACAGGGCCACCCAAGGGCGUCCCCGGCACAGCCGUGCGACCCGAGCCUCCCGCGCCGGCCCCGGGGGUCCUGGAGCCCGCGCCGGUGGUAGCACUUGUGUUGGCCGCCUUCGUGCUGGGCGCCGCUCUGGCCGCCGGGCUCGGCCUCGUCUGCGCUCACUCAGGUACCAACCUGGGUCCGCCGGGAUCUCCGCCUGGCCCCCAGCCUAUUCCCACGAGUCCGGACCCCUGGUCGCGGCGAUCCCAGCCUGCUCGGGCCUGACCAUCCCUAGACCUGCUUCCGCUACGCCUGCAGCAGCCCCCCAGGGGGCGCCCUUGCCCCGGCCCAGCGCGCGGCAACCCCUACUCCUCAGC